AUGGCCGCAAGAACAGUACAAAGGGCGAAUCGCCAUGCCGUCGACCUCCUGGAUCCAUCCCAUCAAGCCGGCCUCCAAUCUCUUCUCACCAAAGUCUACAACAAACCUGUUGAACUGGAAAUUGUGAAGCUACGGCGACCACAUCUUGACGCCGAUAUCCUCUCCUCAUACGUAACCCAACGAUUACUGGACCGUGCCCUUGGACCGCGAAGAGUCAUCCGCGACGCAGCCUGGAAAAGCAAUCUCCCCACGCCCCGAGUAGUCACAGAACUGCAACAAGCCAAACGGCAACCGGGCCGGAUGAUCUCCAGCGAUACCCUCACAUCUUCGUCCUCCUUCGGUCCGCUACGUGAGCAAACGAGUGCGAUAUUGCGAUCAAUACGGCUGAGUCAGGUCAGCAGUGUGAAAGUGGAGGCGGCGGGUCGUUUGUCCAAGCGUAUGACGGCCAAUCGAGCACAGAAGAAGAUUGCGAGGAGAGGUGCCAAUGGGAAGGGGCCGGGAUAUAUGAUGAGGGGAUUCAAGAAGGCGCAUGCGACUUCUAGUCUGAAGGCGGGCAAGAGGAGGAUUGGUAGUUAUGGUGUGAGGGUCGAUGUUGGGCAUUCGUGA